AUGGAUCCCGGUUUGAAUCCCACCCAUGCUUUCUUCCUCCUAGUCAAUGAAGAGGUCUUUGCAUCUGUUUUGGAAGGUCCAGCGAAAGGUGAUAUCCCAUUCGUCUAUGCCGUAGAUACUCGUUAUUGGGCGCCGACUGAGUGUUAUGAAGACGAGGAUGAGAUUGAGGAUGAAGAGGAUGAAGAUUACAAGGGAUCUCUGAAAGUAGCCGUAAAAUUAUUCGGGGAAUUUUGGUAUUGUGUUUCCACAGGAGAUGUUAGUAUGGAGCAGCUAGGACCCUCAGACCAUGUGAGAAAGAUAAUGUUCACCGAACGGAUUCUGUGA